AAAGCGAAUAAAAUGCGGUCACACCGCGCCGCAAUGAAUGUAUAAAAGGGGGCUGCCAUCCGCAGAGCGAGUAAAUAACGGUUCGCGAGCAACAACUUUUCAUUUCGAGAGCGGAGUAAUUUUUCCAGCCGACCGACAAACAGUGAUUGAAAACCCAAACGAGAUUUAUUUCGAAACGCGACAAGAAAUUGUUACAUCAAAGGAGCUGCAACGACUAAAAUCCGCGAAGAAAGUGCGAGAAAAUACCUUAAAGAGAGAAAAAACCAGUGACGCAGUAGCAACAACAACAAACAGUCAUCGAACGAUUUAUAGAAUCUAACGCCGAGUCCAAAGCAUGAAUCUAUCAUUCGCUGGCUGCGGAUUCCUGGGCAUCUACCACGUCGGAGUGGCCGUCUGCUUCAAGAAGUAUGCACCGCAUCUGUUGCUGGAGAAGAUCGGAGGCGCUUCGGCCGGUUCCCUGGCCGCCUGCUGUCUCCUCUGCGAUUUGCCAUUGGGCAGCAUGACUUCGGACUUCUUCAGGGUGGUGAACGAAGCUCGUCGCUACUCCCUGGGUCCCUUCAGUCCCUCCUUCAACAUCCAGACCUGUCUGCUGGAGGGUCUACAGAAGCAUCUACCAGACGAUGCUCACAAGCGGGUGAAUGGACGACUGCACAUUUCGCUUACCCGCGUGUACGAUGGCAAGAACGUGAUCAUCUCGGAGUUUGAGUCACGGGAAGAGGUCCUGCAGGCGCUGUUGUGUGCGUGCUUCAUACCCGGAUUCUCCGGCAUCUUGCCGCCCAGAUUCCGUGGCGUUCGCUACAUGGAUGGUGCCUUCUCGGACAAUCUGCCCAUUCUGGACGAGAACACCAUUACGGUCAGUCCGUUCUGCGGCGAGAGUGAUAUUUGCCCGAGGGAUCAGAGCUCGCAGCUCUUCCAUCUGAAUUGGGCCAACACCAGCAUCGAGAUCUCCAGACAGAACAUCAAUCGCUUCGUGCGCAUCCUUUUUCCGCCGCGUCCCGAGUUUCUGUCCAAGUUCUGCCAGCAGGGAUUCGAUGAUGCCCUGCAAUUCCUGCAUCGCAACAAUCUGAUCAACUGUCGACGCUGCGUGGCGGUUCAGUCGACAUUCGUGGUUUCCGAAACGGUGGCCCAGCCCCAGGAGUUCGAUCCCGAGUGCAGGGAGUGCAAGAAGCACAGAAAGGACGCUUUGAGCUCAAACAUGCCCCAAACGGUACUGGAUGUCAUUCAGGACUAUAUCGAACAAGCCAAUAAGGGUCUGGCCAACUGGAUUUUCAAGCAUCGCGGCAUUAAGCUGCUUUCCCUACCAGCCACAGUGCCCAUGGACUUUCUGCUGGCCACCAUUUCAAAAAUAUCAGCACUGACGCCCAAACUUACCAAGCAGGCCAGAGUAAUGGUGGAGGACUUAAUUUUGCAGUUGAACCACGCCAUGCGGAUACGACUGCUAAAUAAAUUCACGCUCUAUGACCAGCCUCACUUCGAUGCCACAGGACUUCUUCAUUCCAGCCGCUUAUAUGGACCCCGUGUUUCAAUCCUUGUGGAUGAAUGUGGAGCCACACCGCUAGAGGACGAUGUCGACAACUUUGAGCAUGUCCUCAAGAUGACCACGCACAACGACGCUCUAUAUGCCUAUUACUAUACUGACAGCAACACGAACAAGGUGAAAGUAACCGAGAUCUUUGACUUUGACGAAAUAACGGAGCACGACAAGCUGGCCACCGAUCUGCAGAUCUACGAAGGCUCUGUCGAAGAUCACCCCAAUCCCCACCAGCACAGCCACAAUACGGUGGUCAGCGAAUGGAAUGGCGUCGAAUCAGUACAAGUAAUGCCCACGACUCCUGAACUACACGACGUAGCCUUUUAAAGCACUUACAAACUAAACGACUAUAAAUGCACCUCCAUAACCCUUCACCCACUCAAGCAUUAAGUCCAAAUUUUAAAUCGUUGGCGCAGACUUCUUCAUCGAUGCGCAUACACCAAAUGUGGAGGAUAGUAAAACAUCAGCGCCACAAUUCUCCCGCCUGGACCUGGAGACCGAGUCGGAUGCUAGUGUGCUAAGUGAUCCCGAGGUUGAUCAGACUUUUAGCUCCACGGCCUCCACGCACAGCAGCGACAUGUAUAUAGAAAUUGAGGGGUAAUUAGUAAUGGGGAGGGGGCAAUCCUCUUAGGAACUGUAUCGAAACAUCUCCAAAGCGGCUCGUAGCAAAGCGAAAAGCCUAGUAGCGUUUCCAUUAGUCUAAAUUAGUCUUAGUACGACCAACGUAUGUACCUAACUUAACUUAGCCGUAUGCUGCCAUUGUAUCAUCGUCAGUUUGUAAGCGGCAAUUAGCUAAUAAUUGCAUUCUUGUUAUUAGUCACCCUCACACGACUUGUAUUACAUCCAAAUCCCCAUCUGUGUUUAGCCUAAGUUGAUAAUGUAUAAACAAUAAAAAAAAUAAACAAC